AUGGCAUCGGAGCCGGCCGUGCUACCCGACGACGCCCUCGCGGAGGUCCUCCGGCGCCUCGCGCCACACGUCCUGGCCGCGGCCCGGCGGGUCUGCAAGGCGUGGCGUGACGCCGUCGACGCCCGCCUGCGCGGCAGCCUGCUCUCGCGGUCGGUGCGCGGCAUCUUCAUCAACUUCACCCGGCAUUGCUUCUCCGAGUUCUUCUCCCGCCCCUCGACGGGCCCGGCGAUCUGCGGGGGGCUCAACUUCCUGCCCUGCAUGGGCGUCCAGGUCACGGACCAUUGCAACGGGCUCCUGCUCUGCGGCGAACGGAUGAACGAGGACCGUGCGCUGCCGCGUGAGUACGUCGUCAACCCGGCCACGCGUCGGUGGGCGCGUCUGACCCAUCGCCCUCGGCCGCACGUGCCGGGAUUCGACCAGACCGCCUACCUCGCGUUCGAUCCCGCCGUGUCACCACACUACCAGGUCUUUCUGAUCCCACGCUUGCCACCGGCCGGCGAAUCGGAUGACGACGAAUCGGACGACGACGAGUGGCCUCCCGCGUCAUACGUGAUGCAUGUGUUCUCUUCGGUGACACAACAGUGGGGCGAGACGACCUUCCUUCGGGAAGGGGAGGCUGCACGGAUCGUCGGCAACAUGGAUUCGGAUUUGUGGUAUAAACAGCAUCGUUAUCAUGCCGUCUACUGGCAAAGCACGCUCUACAUUCAUUGCCGGCAUGGCUAUCUUACAAGGAUGUCCUUGUCAGAUCUCACUUUCACAGUGAUUAAGCUACCAGGUGCCUGUGAAUUGAGAGGCUAUCCCAACCACCAUCUGGUGCGAUACUUAAUGGCUGGAAUCAACUUCAGCUUUGGUAUCUCAAUGAAUCCAUCGGUCGAAUUGAGUGGGUGUUAA